UUUCUGAAACUUCUCUCUCUUUAUUUAUCUCUGGUUUAUUUUCUCUUCCUUCUUUCUUCUCAACUGUCGUUUUCUCACAUAUACUUCACACAAAAGAAACUACUCCUUCACUUAUAUUCACUUUCUCUCUCCUCCCAUUCUCUGAAACUACCCCCUCUUUCUCUCUCUUCAAUUCGAUCAUCUUCAUUAUUAACAUCAUCCAAACCCUUAGCUUAUACACACAAACAAACAAUUUUUAACUUGAUACUACUACUCCUCUUCCUCUUUCGCUUGGGUGUUCAAUUAUUAUUUUUUUUAAUUAUUGUUAUUAUUAUAAGCUUGAUUAUAAGUUUAUAUGGAGUUAUUCCCAGCUCAACCAGAUUUAUCCCUCCAAAUCAGUCCUCCAAACGUACCUAAACCCACUGCCGGAGUUUCCGCAACAUCGGACAUGGACUUAGCCUUCUGGAAACGCGCUUCCGAUAAUUCUAGAAACUCCAUCUCCGACAAAACCAACUCCUCCUUCGACCUCUCUUUAUCUCACCCAGUGGCGGCCUCCUCGGCCGCCACCGGGUCUAAUUUCCUCCAUCAUUACUACCACCAUCACCACCACCAGCAACAGCAGCAGCUGUACCAGCAACUACUGCAACAACACCAUCAAACUAAUUUCAAUAAUGGUAAUAGUAAUAGUAAUAAUGGAUUGGGCUCAGAGUUGGGCUUUUUAAGGCCCAUUAGAGGGAUCCCAGUUUAUCAAAACCCUCCACCGUCUUUUCCGUUUGCUCCACCAGGACUACCGCAGCCAAUGGACUCAACAAGUGUCGCCGCGGGUCUAGCUAAUGGUAACUUAGCUUCGCCCGCAUCGAAUCAUCACCAUCAUCAUAUACCUUAUCAGUCGCCUUCUUCUCAUCACCAUCAUCAUCAAGGGCUGAUGAGAUCAAGGAUUUUUUCGAGGUUUCCGGCGAAACGUAGCAUGAGAGCUCCUCGGAUGCGCUGGACUUCAACUCUUCAUGCUCGUUUCGUUCACGCCGUUGAACUCUUGGGUGGCCAUGAAAGGGCAACGCCAAAAUCAGUACUUGAGCUCAUGGAUGUCAAGGAUCUUACCUUAGCUCAUGUCAAGUCCCAUUUACAGAUGUAUAGAACGGUAAAGACAACAGAUAGAGCAGCUGCUUCUUCAGGGCAAGGGGAUGCGUACGAAAAUGGUUCGUCGGGCGAUACAUCAGACGACAUGUUUGGGAAUGUGCAAAGCAGUAGAAGUUCGGAGCGACCGACUCUUCCGCAUGGAAGAUCGUCGCCAAAUAUGCACCAAGAAAAGGAUUAUAAUUCUCAUGGACUUUGGAGCAAUUCUUCAAGCAGGGAAGCUUGGUUGCAUAGCAAACCUAAGGAUUCCUCAGGAAACAACAUGCAAUGUCAAUCUUCUCUCGAGAAGGAGCUAGAACCGAAAUGUUUAAGCUACGAGAGAUUAUCAGAAGUAAGCUCAUCAAACAUAAUAUCAGGAGAUCAUCAAACAAGUCCAACAAAGCCAAAUCUGGAGUUCACCUUGGGGUAAGGGUGGCAAUUCGGGUCAGCAGGUCGGGUUCGGGUCAGAUUUUGGGUCGAUUUCGGGUUAUGCUUAAAAACUAUUAAAAAUAGUGUAAAACUUAAUAUUAUUACGAAAUAUGAAAUUUGGGUCAAAUUAGGUUGUUCGGGUUCGGUUCAGGUCGGGUUCGGGUCUCUCUCAGUAACUUCGGAUCGGGUUCGGGUUGAAUUUUCGUGUCGGGUCAGGGUUUGCCAGCCCUACCUUGGGGAGGCCACUUUAACUUAAAUUAAUUUUUUAGGUUUCUUCAAAUUUAUUUUUUUGGGAGAAGAGAACAAAUAUAAUGAUGAUAAAAUGAGUAUGAAGAAAUAUAAUAGGGAAUACAAAAACUACUCAUUUUGAAAUGAUUAUAGUCUUCUUAACUGAGCUGAGCCAGGUUGAUUGAGAAUCAGGUACUCUCUGGUUGAAAUUUCAGAGCCAGAAAAAGAAAGGUGGAAAAAAGGAGAAAAAAAAAGGAAAAAAGG